AGGAGGGGGAAGCCAAGCUCCCGCGACAGCCUUCUGGCAGCGGGGAGGCUGCCCCCGUUCUCCCUGUUCCCAUUCCCCGGCCCCGCAUUUGAUGUGCAAUUCAUUAAUCCGCUCUGAUCCGGAUCAGCUUCCUGCGGGGCUGGUACCUACCUUGAAAUCCAAGCCACACUUGCUGGCUUCCCUGCUUCCCAGCCAGGCCCCUCUGCACACUGCUCCAGGCUUUGGCGGGGAGCCAGCGCCCAACUGGAGCGCUCAGAUUUGCAAGGCAGCCAGCUUAAAUGAUUAUAUUACGAUUCCCCGUGGAGUUGGCCUCUCUCUCUCUCUCUCAUUUUCUCUCUCCCCCUGCUCUCUGCUCCCCUCCUUCCUCCGAACUGGCAUUUGACAUCACUAAUUGAACGCAGACCUCGGAGCGCUCAGCAGCCGGGAGCAUGUUGAUCCAUCGCCUCCUCCCCUUAUCCCCCUGCCUGGAUUUUGCUGGCUUUUGAGUUCACUGAAUAGGGGCGAGGGGCUGCUGCUGCGUCUGGAGAGUGAAGGUGGGGCUGGAAGAGGAUCAAGCCACGAUCUGAAGAGACUCUCUCUACCACUGACGGGCUGUGGAUUUAUGGAGGCACCAGGAAGCGGCUUUGAGUAUUGCCACGCGCAGCAUCGUGCCCGGUGAGGAAGAGACGUCGCCGGCUCGCCUGACCCCGUGUCCGCGCCCUCGGGUUUAACCAUUCAAGGCCCCCGUGCAUGGCUUUCAUGCCCAAGGGACUCCUGCUGGCUGCAGCCGCGGCCUGAUCUGCUCCGGGCUCCCGUCGCUGCUCCCAAAUACUCCACGUAUCCAGAUGGGGUAACGUGACGGAGGGAGCGGCACGCGAGGAGCUCACCCAACGCAGAGGCCUUUCGAGAGGGAGCCUGGCGGCCAGGCAGGCGGCAGCCCUCCAUUGCACACACGAAGGGAACUGACACUACAAAAAGGAAGACUGUCGUGGACUGUCAUCGUUAAUAUUAUUUGGCUUCUGGCACGGGGGGUCUCGGUGCAGGCCCGGUGCUGGGAAUAUUUGCACAACGUUUGUUCUGAAUCUCCCUCCCCGCACACUCUGCUCCCCGCACCACUGCACCAUGGCCCGUAUGAAUCGGCCGGCGCCCGUGGAGGUCUGCUACAAGAACAUGAGGUUCCUCAUUACCCACAACCCCACCAAUGCCACGCUCAGCACCUUCAUCGAGGACCUGAAGAAGUACGGCGCGACGACGGUCGUGAGGGUCUGUGAGGUGACCUAUGACAAGACCCCGCUGGAGAAGGACGGCAUCACUGUCAUGGACUGGCCCUUUGAUGACGGCGCUCCUCCCCCCAGCAAGAUCGUGGAUGACUGGCUCAACCUGCUGAAGACCAAGUUUUGCGAGGACCCCGGCUGCUGCGUGGCGGUUCACUGCGUGGCUGGCCUGGGCCGGGCCCCAGUUCUCGUGGCGCUGGCUCUGAUUGAGAGCGGGAUGAAGUAUGAAGACGCCAUUCAGUUCAUUAGACAGAAGCGCCGGGGAGCCAUCAACAGCAAGCAGCUCACCUACCUGGAAAAGUACCGGCCAAAGCAGAGACUCCGAUUCAAGGACCCUCACAACCACAAGAACAAAUGCUGCAUCAUGUAACCUCGAUGACCUCUUGCCAAAACAACCACGUGCAGACACACAACCCGACACGCGCGCGCAGGGCUGGGCAGCACCCGCGUUCCUGUGUAAAGGGGCACGCUCUCUCUCAAAUGCCACCAUACCCUUGGCAAGCUGCAGCCAAGGAGGGAGGCCGGGUGUGCAUUUGACCCUGGGCUUUCAUGGACAAUUUAGCGUGGCCCACUUCCCCAUCCUCUCCCUCCUUCUGUUCCACCCACCAUCUCCCCACACACAGUCAGGACCUAAGUCCAUCGGGAUGCUUGGCUGGAAAGCAACCCUUUUAAACCCCUGCAAUAAGAGCCUGGUCCUUGCCAUGACGUCCUGGGCCUGGACAGGGGAGGGAAGGAGCGGAGCUGCAGCUGGGAACUCAACAGCCACAAACCAGCCCUGGAUCAAAUGCCCAUUGAGGCUGGAGCCACCCAGCUGAGCCCUUACAUGGGAUCUGCUGGGUUGUGCCCUGAGAUCGUGUUUGCAUGCCAGGCACAGCUGUCCAUCCUCCCUUCCUUCCCUUCCCACUCCAAACACACGCACGUGUGCACACACCCACCCUUCCCCAUGCCGGGGGCUCACCUCACACCAAGACCACGCGUGGCUGCCUUCUGUCCCGGGCGGGCUCCCUCGGAGCGGGGCGCCGGUCGGUGACUUGGGCUGGGGGGUGAGGAGAAGCAGCGUAUGUACGGACCGCCACCCCAUGAAUCGCUGGCCUUGCCCUUAACUCGGCAGAGCUGAGCUCUCCGGCUGGAGAGUCUGUGCUAAGGGGACCUCUUCUCCCUCACCCUCCUUUAACAGAGAGCACACGGCCCACCUGGAAGCUCUUUUUCCUCCAACUUCAAAAUGCGUCCGUCUUGGGGAGGCGGUGUGGGCACAGGGGCUGCCGGGGGUUGGCAUCAGAUCCUAUGGCCCUAAAGGGUCUCCUUGCUGGCAGGAGAGGGAGAUUGUCUGGGUGCUUACCAAUGCAGACUCUAGACGUGGGCCAGCUGGACGGGAGAAGGGACAGCCAGGCCAUUUGAGGGGGAAGGGGAAAGCGCGAGAGGUCAGGUGCCAGAAUGUGAAGUUCUGGCCUCAGUUUCUGGAAUCUCUCUUUUUCAGUGAGCAUCUGCUCAGCCUUGAAGGCCACCGCUGGGCUGGAAAACCAGCAGAAAGGCUCAGCCCUCAAGAUACAGGGUUGAGUGCUGAUUCUCUUUCCAUACUCUCUUAGCCCAGCAAGUGACCCAGCAGCUCCCUGCAUGGGCUAAUUUGCCCCCCCCCCC